AUGGCAACGGUCAAGGGGAAACACGAGCACCUGGCGUUGGCACAUGGCCAAGACUCGUUGAAGGUCCCGCUAUCAGGACGCCUUCUCCUGGACAACCCAUUCUACAACAAAGGCACGGGGUUUACAUCAAAGGAGCGGCUCGAGUUCGGGCUCAAGGGCCUGCUCCCAACCAACAUCCAAACGCUCGAUGAACAGGUCGUACGUGCAUAUCAGCAGUACAGCAACCAGAAGGACGACCUGUCGAAGAACACGUUCAUGACGUCGAUGGCCGAGCAGAACACCGUACUUUACUACCGCCUGAUCCAGGACCAUCUGAAGGAGAUGUUCAGCAUCAUCUACACGCCGACCGAAGGCGACGCGAUCGAGAACUACUCGCGCGUGUUCCGGCGGCCAGACGGCUGUUUCUUGAGCAUCAAGCAUCCCGACGAGGUUGAAGAGCGCAUGAGAAAGUUUGUGAGGUCAGACGAUCCAGACGGCGGGGUGGAUUACAUCGUGGUCAGCGACGGCGAGGAGAUCCUAGGGAUCGGCGACCAGGGCAUCGGCGGGAUCCUCAUCAGCGUUGCCAAACUUGCACUCACCACCAUCUGUGCCGGAUUGCAUCCUGACCGAACGCUUCCAGUGGUCUUAGACACGGGGACCGACAAUGAAGCCCUUCUCGACGACGACUUGUAUCUGGGCCAUCGCUUCAAGCGCGUUCGUGGCGAAGCAUACAGUGACUUCGUCGACCGCUUCGUCAAGACGGCGAAGAAGCUGUUCCCGAAGGCAUACAUCCAUUUUGAAGACUUCGGCCUCACCAACGCCCGCACCCUUCUGGACAGAUAUCGCCAUGAGACUGCCGUCUUCAACGACGACAUCCAGGGCACGGGCUGUGUCACGCUCGCUGCCAUUAUGGCUGGACUUCACAUCAACAAGGUCAAGAUGAAGGAUCUGCGAGUCGUCAUUUUCGGCGCGGGAACCGCUGGCUGUGGCAUCGCGGAGCAGAUCCAAGCUGCGAUUGCGACCGAGGCUGGCAAGGAUAAGGAUGAGGUCACCAAGCAAAUCUGGUGCGUAGACAAGCCGGGUGUCCUUCUAGACUCGAUGGGCGACAAGCUCUCCGUAGCACAGAAGCCGUACGCACGAGCGUCCUCGGAAUGGGAGGGCAAAGACAGCCACUCCCUGCAGGCGAUCAUCGCCGAAGUGAAGCCUCACGUGCUGAUCGGAACAUCCACAAAGCCUGGCGCAUUCACGCAGGAAGUGGUGCGCGAGAUGUGCCGGCACGUAGAACGGCCUAUGAUCUUCCCGCUCAGCAACCCCACACGGCUGCACGAGGCGAAGCCGCAGGACAUCGCCGAGUGGAGUGCUGGCAAGGCGCUCGUGGCGACGGGCUCGCCGUUCCCGGCCGUGCGGUACGACGGGAAGGAGAUGGAGGUCGCCGAGUGUAACAACUCGGUGUGUUUCCCGGGGAUUGGGCUCGGCGCGGUGUUGAGUCGGGCCAAGCUCGUCACAGACCGGAUGCUGGUCAGCGCGGUCACGGCGCUGGCUAAGGAGGCGCCCGCUUUGCAGGGACAAGGCAGCGCGGAUCCCGAGAGAGGCGUCGCUGGGUUGGUCCCGGACGUGCAGGACGCUCGUCGAGUUAGUGUCAAGAUUGCCAUGGCCGUCAUCCGCUGUGCGGUCGAGGACGGCCUGGCCCAGGUGCAUGAUAUCCCUGUCGACAGCGACGACGAGCUGCAAGACUGGGUUCAGGCCCAGAUGUGGGAUCCUGUCUACAGGGACUAUCAGAAGGUCUAG